AUGAAUUCUACAAGUGUAACAAUUUCUUGGUCUGCUCCAGUUCCCCACCGAAGAAAUGGAAUCAUUACCUCAUAUCAGUUGUGUCACUCUACCGAAAAGUUGCUAAGCAAUUGCAAUAGUAACAGAAAUAAUUCAUAUCGUGAAUCAGAAAAAGAAUCUAUGACAUUAGAAGAAUUACUGCCUGCAACUGUGUACUACUUCAGAAUUCGAGCGAAAACCAUCGCUGGGGCCGGUCCUUAUACCAAAAAACAUAGGAUAAUCACUAGCUCAGGUGAGAUCUUAUAUUUUGUUCCUUAUCAGGUUCGCCUAUGGCACUUCUGCCCAGUACAGUUUGCAACAAGAGCGAGCCUCCGGCAACAACGUGCUUUUAAUAGCCUGGGGAUUUUUCAGUGGAAAGGUUCUGUUGAUUUUUAAACACUUUUUGCAAGUGAAAUGCUUUUACUAAGGGAAUUUACUACAUCCUGGCUGUUGUUUGUCAAUGCCCUACAUAAGUGAACUACCUUCUUAUUUUAUACUAUAAAAAUAGGUACGCGUUGCGUACAUGUCGCACUGGGUACAAGUCAAUAGUCAGUCCUUGCAGGUGCACGAGGUUAAGGGGGACAACCAAGUGUGGACUACCUAAAAACAUUUUUUUCAAUUUAAAGGUUUUAUCAUCAUAUUUGAGUCAAAUAUGAUGGAAUAUCCUCAGCUGACGCAGGAUCAGUAACUUUUACAUUCGUCGUUGCCAUAGUAACUAAGAUAGGCCUCGCUAUUGGGUAAAAUAUAGGGUUUGCUCCAAAAAUGAUGUGAGCCAAACUAAUUUACCGAGAAUUUUAGAAACAGCUUUAAUGGACACUUAAUACAUCGAUCUAUGUCAUGAACCUAAAAAAAUAUACAAGUAAUAUAAUAAAUUAAAGCCUUCAUAUUUUACUUUUUUAAAAUUAUAUGAAGAAAGGAGUUCUUAUAAGGCUACUUUUGCAAUGUAUAUUGCUGAUAUAUGAAGUUUUUUAGGUCCAUGACAUGGCUAUGUAACAAGCAAAGAAACUCUGAAAAUUUCGAACGAAUUGAUUCAGUAUAUGAACAGUAGGAGAGUUUUUAGUAUUUCGCAAAAUGCUCAUGUGAGAAAAGCGAUUUUAAAGUUUUUGCAUAUAUUAGAAUAACUUAGAUAGAACAAUAUAGUUGAAAAUGGAACAAUAGGCUAAACCAAUCGCAUAUCUUUAUCGCUCCGGGUAAAAUCGUGGUUUUACCCUACGAAGGUGUAGAAUUUGCUGGAUUUCUGUAGUUUACGGUACAUUUUCGUUCUUAAAAUUACACGGAUUUUAUAAAGAAUGCUAUCAAGACAACAUUUUUACGUUUUUCUAAAAAAUAACGAAUAUUGGAAAAUUUGGGUGGAAGACCACCUUAACUAACCUGUUAAAAGUGUUGAUUUUUGUUGCCUAGUGAUUUACAUGCUCUUUUCACCUCUGUGACCGACGUUUCUUGUUGCAACAUGCAGGACAUGACUUUCUUAUCAUUAUUUUGCCCCACAUGCACCUGAGCUCCCAGUUUGCGUCUACAAGAAACUGAUUAGCUUUUAUUGGGUCCAUGGUACUCCUCUGAAAUAGAUGGUGAUAGCGCAAGAUUUACUAUGUCUCAACUAGAAAAAGAACAGUGGUGUAGUCAGAGUCGAUUUGGGGGGGGGGGGCAAAUAUUUUGGAUUUCUGGGGCUCAGAAACUCCAUUUCCAUUUCUGAUACGAGUUUUUAAGAGUAAUUGGAUGGUUAUAAAUUACAGAAUUCUGUUAUUAUUAAAUUGGAAAAAAGCACAAUACACAUGAAAAUAUAUUUAGAUUUAUUGAUUAUAUCAUUAUCAACUGAAGCAUUUCAUAACAUUAUUCACCUAUUGUCAUCGUCACACAAUUUCUAACAAAAUUUAAACUAAAUCCAUUUUUCUGGGAGCAAUAUUUAAUAAUGUUUGACAUUGUUUGUACAAGGAUUUAUAGAAUUAAUUACUAUUAAUUGGAUUUGACUAAUUGCUUACCUGACCUGUCCCUCCCCCCCCCCAUAUCUGGUCGGAUUUGAACUUUCAUCAGAACGGUUUUGAAGUGUCCCUCCCCCUUUGGCUACACCACUGGAGAAGAAUCGUGCAUAAAUUAAAAAAGGAAUUUCAUCGACAUAUUUGACAAUGCCGAUAAAUAUAAUAUAACCCAUUCAUUAGAUAAACUCUAUACUGUAUGUCCUGGGACGGGCUACUAAUACUUGAACAAUACAUCAGCUUAUUUUUAUGUGCAGCUACAGUGAACUUGUUACAGGUACUGAUUAAAAUAACUUGUUUUUAUUAAGCCAAUGUCUUAUCCACAAAUCAAAUUGUUGACAGUGGCUUCAGAUGUUGAUUUUAAAUGAAAUAAUCUAAAGCUAGUAUGCUAAAGAGUAAACGAUGUCUAUUUUUAUCGUAGAAAAAUGUUUUCAAUUCAAAUUAAUUAUUAAAAAAUCAACUUUGGUGGCUUCAAACUUCCGGUUGGAGAUAGCGUUCCUGUUGUAUUCAUUUCGCUGUGCGAUGACGACUCCUAUACCCUCAUGCAUAGCGGGCAUCGGUAUCAGGCAUGUCGUCUAUUGCUAAAAUAUUUCGAUAUUAGUUAAUUUCUUUCUUUAGGUAAGUUACUUAAAUCUGAGGAGGUUAAUACAACAGCUUAUUCUUUCGGUGUACAACAUCAACGACCACAAAACGGAUACAGGUAUAUUUUAAUUACUACAAGUUAGAUGUGUCUUUGCUCGCUACUCUAGUUUUAAUAAAUGCUCGCUACAGCAAUCUUCCGUUUAUUCAUGACGAGUUUGCCGUUUACAGUUAGCAAUUUGAUUUAAACUGAAUUUUAAGGUCUCUAAUUGUCUUUAUCUUUAUCAUUAGAUAUAUUCAGAUAAUUGUAAUCAGACUAAACAGCAGCGCACUCCCGGCCGAUCCGCCAUAUUCAUUCACAUCAGACAAAAUCUCAACAGUCAAUGAAUCAGUUCCAACCUUAGUACCAUACGUCACUGCACAACUCACUGUUCACCAAGCAUAUGAACUAAAGACCUUUGUUAUUGGCGAUGGCUUGAACUAUGGUCAAACUCCCAGAAAGCGACGAGAGGCCGAAUGGUUCAGGAUAGCAUAUGAUGAAAGAGGGAAACAAGUUACCAGAGACAGAAGGAGUGAUGACUCUGCAAAAGCAUCGUUGUUUUAUAACCGACCUCUAAAGCCGAAUUCAAAUUAUUCCGCUUUUCAGAGAACGUUUAUAGAUGAGGUAAGUUAUUAAUUAUUUGAGUGCACACGAAACGAUUGUUUGAAAUCAAGGCUGAUAAUCCUAUUUUAAGUUAUUGAAAUAUCGAGAGCUUCGUACCAGUCUCAUGGGUACCAAGCAAAUCCUGGAAAUGUCUUAUAUACGUCUUCAUGGUAAUGGCACGGGCAAUUUCAGUAAAUUAGCUGGCGAACCUAGCUGCAUGGUCGUGACUCCGAUGACAGUGCACAACCUGCCGUUAAGAAUUUCUUUUACUGUUUUAUAUAGGAUACCUAUUACUCAAGCUCGUGGUCAGAGCCUGUACGGACAAACAUGAUAGGCACUGAAACGUCUAGAAGAGUGAGCAGUAGUUCAG